AUGGAACCCUCCAGCCGUAAGAUAGGUAUCAUAUACCUUACGAAGAUCGCAGUUCUGAUAUUUAGAAAGAUUCACAUUAUUAAAGAGAAUAAGACUCCGAGCGAGAUCACGCUCAUGGAAAUGCAAGAUACCACUGCGGUAGAUUCGACCUCGGAAGUCAAGAAAAGCAGGCAGAUAAAAUGUAUAGCCAACGUAGGCAGAAGCCGUUUCUAUUACAGUUCGCUCAUAACGAGCCCGUUGAAUGUUAGUAGACAGAACAUGCAUGACAGCGUCGAAGUUUACGGAUGUAUGAAAACUUCGAUCCUCAUCCAAGUACAACUGUCGUACUUUAUCAAUAACUUCUUUGAAAUUGAUUCUUAA